AUGGAGCCACCACCGGAAGAAAUGAUUCUCAAGGUCCCAGAGAAUUACCUUUCCACCUAUAUAAAAAGCCAUAGGUCUCAUGCCAAACACGCGAUCGUCAAUAACGUGCUCCCGUCAGAUUACGACGAGUCGCUGGCGCUCGCCGGGAUUGUAUUUGAUUUUUUCAGCAGUUCUAUGGUUGACAUGGCGAAUGACCUCGGUGUUCCUUCUUACCUGUUUUACACAUCCGGCGCCAGGUUUCUCGGGGUAAAUCAUUACCUCGUGAUCCGUGAGAGGCUUGGUGGAAGAAAAUACACGUUGUCGGACGCGGACUCGGUGGUUUCCACAUUUGCCUCGCCGGUUCCGGUGAGAGUUAUGCCCACGUUCGCGUUCAUCAAGGUUACAGAGUAUUUGUCGAACAUAGCAGGAAAAUUGGAACUGUACGCUAUGAAAGCAUUAGAAUCCGACCCGGAUCCGCCCCAGGUUUACACCGUCGGGCCUCUGGUUGCACCUCAGAAGGAGCACGCAGGGAAGGAAGAAAUCAUCAACUGGCUCUCGGAGCAGCCACCGUCGUCGGUGGUGUUCCUCUGCUUCGGAAGCCAGGGAGGGUUCGAGGUGCCGCAAAUAUAUCAGAUCGCGACGACGCUGAAGAGGAGCGGGCAUAGGUUCUUGUAG